AUGACAUAUGGUCUCGUUGUCAUCCUCUUUUGCAUAGCUAAGAUAGGAGCUUUGCUGAAUUUGAAAGAAGGACGGAAGAGGAGAGGUCCCUCCUCGGAGGGGCUGCACCGAGAUUACUCCACUAUUAGUAUAGGUGAACAACAACAACAGGAUGAGGCUACUGAUACACCAAUUAUUUGCACCGCUUCCCAAACUGAGGCAUUUCGGCAUGUUUAUCCAGUCAUUGAUGCCGAUUCAAUAUUCCUGUUACGACACCUACCGCCGCUUAGUGACGAAAUGCGUUACCGAUGUCCAGCGUUGCCACUCCGCACGCGUUCAACACCAGAAUUUUCCCUCGUCCUUGAUUUGGACGAGACAUUGGUACACUGCAGUUUAACCGAAUUACCUGAUGCUUCUUUAACGUUUCCGGUACAUUUCCAGGAAAAUACCUAUCAAGUUUACGUUCGUGUACGGCCACAUUUGCAAGAAUUUUUGGAACGGUUGUCGCGCUCAUUUGAAAUCAUCUUAUUCACAGCAAGUAAACGUGUUUAUGCUGAUAAACUUUUGAAUCUGCUCGAUCCUGGGAAGAGAUUAAUACGUCAUCGACUUUUUCGAGAGCACUGUGUAUUCGUGUAUGGGAAUUACAUCAAAGAUUUAACCAUUUUGGGUAGGGAUCUGUCAAAAACAAUAAUUAUCGACAAUUCCUUGCAAUCAUUUGCAUAUCAAAUCGAUAACGGUAUACCCAUCGAAAGCUGGUUUUUCCAACAGGACGAUCAAGAAUUAUUGAAACUAAUCCCAUUUUUAGAACAGAUUACCAAUCAGAAAAACGAUGUACGCCACAUACUACGAGCAAGGUAUCGAAUACGUGACCUACUGCCUCCUCUUCCGUAUUGUGAUAUAACGUGA